AGUCCAGACCUGAACGGGUUAACGGCUUUUACUUUGGAUGCGGAGACCGGAAGAGUGCGGUGAACGGUGCGCGUGGACGGCGUCGCGAGCCGGUGGUGACUGUGCACAUCGGAGCUCCAACCGGAGGAUGCAUGGAGGUCUGCGUCCGCCUGCAGGACUCCUCAGACCCGGUCCGUCCACCAGUCCGGUCCGGUCCGGUCCGCGGCCCGGGACCUUCCUCCUGAGCCAGAGGCAUCAUGGGAAGUUCCAGCUCCUCUCUCGUUGAGGAGGCCGAGGGCGACGCCCCCGCCACCCGAGGCUCCGCCCUCCCCCCCUCCCCCAUCAUGGGAUGUUUGAGGAGCAGCCAGAGCACCUUCAUCCCCCGGCAGCUCCCCCGACCCGGCAGGCACCGAGAGCGCAGUUUCUCAUCGGGUUCGGUUCCGUUACCGCGGACCCAGUGGGCCUGCGGCUGCUGUACGUUCCUGAAUGCAGCCGGCGCCCCCCGCUGCUCCAUCUGCGAAGCCCCCCGGCGCCGCUCCGAGCCUCGCUGGCUGCCCCUGGGGGCCGGCUGGUCCUGCCCCCGCUGUACCCUGUCCAACCCCGCAGACAGCCGCUCCUGCUCCCUUUGCGGCUCCACCCGGACCUUGGACCAGACCCAGGACCCACCCGAGGACUGGCCCCGCCCCCGACGCUCCGGCAGCUGCCUCGGACCCCUGCGGCCCACCUCAGCCCCGUCGGCGGAGGGCGGAGGCCCGACGUGGGACUGUCUGAGGUGCACCCUGCAGAACACGCCCACCUCCAUGUCCUGCUCCGCCUGCGGGGGGCCCCGGAAACUGUCCCUACCCCAGAUCCCGGCCGAGGCCCUGCUCAUGCCCGACGUGUGCGCCCAGUCGGGGCAACGCCCACCUGAGGCCGCCGGUGGGGGGGCGCUGUCCCUAUCCAUAUCCACCCGGGGAGAGAGUUCACCGGUGGAGGCGUCGUAUCUACACGAAGAUUCGCCGCCUUCAGGACAUCAUAACCCAGUUCCCUGCAGCCGUAGGGAAGUCCCGCCCCCUGACGUCUGCCUCGGCCAAUCCCUGAGUCCAUCGCCUUCGACGCUCGCCAUCUCACAGAUCUCCGUUCAACCGGAACUCCUGCCCGGAAGACGACUGAGCGUCCUGAAGGAGGAGAUGUCCCCCCUGUCCCCGGCGUCGGACGCCCCCGCCCCAUUUCCACCUGCGGUCCAGGUCACCAGGGGCAACGAGUGGGCGUGUCCCGCCUGCACUUUAAUCAACACGGUCAAAGCCAAACACUGCCUGGCGUGCCACACCCCCCAGCGUCACGGCGCCCGGAUGAAGACGGGCGACACCACCAAAAGGAAGGAAAGCAUGUUAGUGGAAGCGCUGAGGAGGAAUGACGAGGGGGAGGCGCGGGAGAUGUGGGAGAACAUCAUCAGCUUCUGCAGAGAGAACGCCGUGACGUUCGUGGACGACAGUUUCCCUCCCGGUCCGAAGUCUGUGGGGUUCCCCGUGGGCGACGGCGUCCAGAACCGGGUCAAGAAGUGGCUUCGGCCUCAGGAAAUCAACUGCAGCAACUUCAGGGACCGAGGCGUCAAGUGGUCGGUGUUCCGCACUCCUCGGCCGUCGGACAUCCUGCAAGGGCUUCUGGGAAACUGUUGGUUCCUCAGCGCCUUGGCAGUUCUGGCUGAACGUCCGGAGCUGGUGGAGAAGGUGAUGGUGACCCGGUCUCUGUGCGCUGAAGGAGCCUAUCAGGUCCGUCUGUGCAAAGACGGGUCGUGGACCACGGUUCUGGUGGACGACAUGCUGCCGUGUGAUGAGAACAGCCACCUGCUCUUCUCUCAGGCCCAGCGGAAACAGCUGUGGGUGGCACUGAUAGAAAAGGCGCUGGCGAAGCUCCACGGCUCCUACUUCGCUCUGCAGGCGGGCCGGGCCAUCGAGGGCCUGUCCACGCUCACCGGCGCCCCCUGUCAGUCCCUGGCCCUGCAGGUCAGCACCACCAACCCCAAAGAAGAACCCAUUGACACCGACCUCAUCUGGGCCAAGAUGCUGAGCUCCAAAGAGGCUGGGUUCCUGAUGGGGGCUUCCUGUGGAGGCGGGAACAUGAAGGUGGAUGAUGCCGAGUACGAGUCACUGGGAUUACGCCCACGCCACGCCUACUCCGUCCUGGAUGUACGAGACGUGGAUGGACACAGGUUACUGCAGCUGAGGAACCCGUGGGGUCGGUUUUCGUGGACUGGACCCUGGUCUGAUGACUGGUCCGAUUGGCCUCCACACCUGAAAAGGGAGCUGAGCGCCCAGCGAGGAGAGGACGGACUCUUCUGGAUGGACUUCUGGGACUUCAUCAGGUUCUUCGACUCCGUGGACAUCUGUAAGAUCCACUCGGACUGGCAGGAGGUCCGGGUCCCAGGGGUUUUCCCUCGGGGCUCUGAUGUCCCGGUGUCGGUCGUGUCCAUCACGGUCCUGGAGCGCACGGCGGUGGAGCUGGCCUUGUUCCAGCGCGGCAGCAGGCGCUGGGACGCCGCCGACAGCCACCUGCUGGACCUGUGCGUCCUGGUGUUCCGGGUCGCCUACGACAGCAGCGGGACCCUGAGUCUGGGUCGGCUGCUGGCCCACAGCCGCCGCUCAGUCCGCAGGUUCGUGGGCUGCGACGUGAUGCUGGAACCGGGAGAGUACGCCGUCCUCUGCUGCGCCUUCAACCACUGGACCAGCGGCGGAACUGAGGACCUGGGUAAGGAAGACCACGCCACCCGGUCUGAGGUACCUGGGUACAUGUUAGCAGUCUACAGCUCCAGACUGCUGAUGGUGGAGCAGGUUCAGGCGUCCAACGCCACCAUCGCCGACGCCAUCAUCCAGCUGACGGAGACCAAAGGCGAAAGGCACGAGGGCCGCGAGGGCAUGACCUGCUACUACCUGACCCAUGGGUGGGCGGGGCUUAUCGUCAUGGUGGAGAACAGACACCCCAGACACCACCUGCACGUGUCAUGUGACUGCAGCGACAGUUUCAACGUGGUGUCGACGCGGAACGGCCUGAAAACCAUCGACAGCAUCCCCCCGCUGCACAGGCAGGUGCUGGUGGUUUUGUCGCAGUUGGAGGGAAACGCCGGCUUCUCCAUCACCCACCGCCUGGCACACAGGAAGGCGGCGCAGGCGGCGCUGGGGAACUGGAGCCCGUCCAAGACCACGCAUAGCCCCGCCCUCAACCCACAGACCGCCGGCCUACACCGGCCCCGCCCCCUGUGACCCCCGGCCCCACCUGGGGAGGAGUCACCUGACCCCGAGGAGGGUGGGACCAGCUGAAGGUCUCCGACGUUUCAUUAAACACAUGCACUUUAUAUUCUAGGGCGGAGUCAAAGGGGUGGAGGAUUGUGGGUAGGAGAGGCCACGUUCAGUCCCGGAAAAUAAUAACAUAAUAACCUGAAAAUAAUGACAACUCCAUGUGUUUCUGUGAAAAUGUGAAUAACCUGAACAAAUAUGAACCAGAAUCUGUAUAAUUUUAUUAA